CUUGUCCGCAUAAACGUCAAUUCAAUUAGCUCUCCUAGAAAUUGAGAGUUUUUGCGAUAAUCUUUCAGUCUUCACCAUAGUAUUCAAGUUUCCAUUUGGAACUCGACUUCACGAUGCGCACCGAAGUUGGGAGCACCGUCGAGCGGCUCGACAGGCCGAGUGCCUACUAUCUCAGCAGAAAUAAGCGCAGACGCGAUCGAGACGACAACGCAGAGGAGCCCACGGAACCCGCCGUCGAUCCUCUCGCCAACGCGACGACUCUCUAUGUCGGCAACCUGUCAUUUUACACCACUGAAGAGCAGGUCCACGAGCUCUUCUCAAAGUGCGGCGAGAUCAAGCGCCUCGUCAUGGGCCUCGACCGAUUCAACAAGACCCCCUGUGGCUUCUGCUUCGUCGAAUACUACACCCACCAGGACGCCCUAGACUGCAUGAAAUACAUUGGCGGCACGAAGCUAGACGAGCGCAUCAUCCGUACAGACUUGGACCCAGGCUUCGAAGAGGGAAGACAGUUUGGCCGAGGCAAGUCUGGUGGCCAAGUCCGAGAUGAGUACCGCGAGGAUUUCGACGAGGGCCGAGGAGGCACGGGCAGAGCGCUGCAGGGCGAGAAAUCACGGAACAAUGACGACGAUAGUCGGUAUAGCAGAUAGGUCGUUUUGAAAGGAUCGUGUUUUUUUUUUUGGAAUUUUGGCAUUUGGGAACGAUACCUUGUAAGGGGAUUUAGAUAUGGGUUCAUUUUGGUUCUUUCAGCGCAAAUUUCUAGCUUUUUCUCAUCUAAUUCAACGCGCCGUUCAAAUUGAACGCCCACCAUCCGAGUAUUCCUACAGUUGACCGCUGUGCCCUGCAGCCAGAUGAUACUUUUCUUUCCCUCUUUCCUCUCCCCCGUUAUAUCUCUAUCCUGCCCGUAAAGCCCAAAAAUACUCCAUCGUAGUGUAAAGUGGUAAAUAGUAUACAAUAAGUCGCUGCUUAUAUAUCGUCGCGUAUGUUCAUCGUUGAUUUUCCUUCUCUCUCGUCCCGUGGACCUUCCUCAGUCAGAAUACAUUGUAACUCGCUUGUCGUACAUUGAUAUAUCCGUUCUCGUCCCGGCGUCUUAGUAUCCAGGAGGGUUGACUCUCUGCGAAACUCUCGUCCACUUUGGCAAUUCUAUUA